AUGCCUAAAGCCAGCAAAUCCUCCAAGACCAAGGGUCGCGGUGAGAAGAAGAAGAAGGACCCCAACGCGCCCAAGCGAGGACUCUCCGCAUACAUGUUCUUCGCCAACGAACAGCGCGAAUCGGUCCGUGAAGAAAACCCAGGCAUCAGCUUCGGUCAAGUCGGCAAGGUCUUAGGUGACCGAUGGAAGGCGCUCAAUGAAAAGCAGCGUGAGCCAUACGAGAAGAAGGCCCAAGCCGACAAGAAGCGGUAUGAAGAUGAAAAGGCCAAGUAUCAAGCCGGCGGUGAUGCUUCUGAUGACGACGAAUGA